AAACCCGUCAUUCACAAAUUAGCCAAGAUGGCGGAUGGUUCGUAGUAAAAAGGUAGUCGUUCGUAGUUGCGGUGUACAGUGCAGCACUCACAGUGUCAAGUCGUUGAGUUGGUCAGGAUUUGUUCAGUUCCCAGAAGUAUGCUUCAGUCGUCGCUAAUCAAAAGAUUGGGAGACAGUGUUUGUAGUUAGAAAUGGCAAAUACGAGGAGAAGGGUUAAGCUGUACGUUCUCAACGACGAGCGACAGUGGGACGACAGAGGGACUGGUCAUGUAUCGUCGUGUUAUGUGGAGAGAUUGAAUGGGAUGUGCUUGCUUGUGCGAUCUGAAACGGAUGGAUCAAUACUCUUGGAAUCCAAGAUUCAACAGGACACUGCCUAUCAAAAGCAACAGGAGACUCUGAUAGUAUGGUCUGAGAAUGACAACUAUGACCUGGCGCUCAGUUUUCAAGAGAAAGCCGGAUGUGAUGAGAUAUGGGAAAUUAUCUGCCAGAUCCAGGGCAAAGAUCCCUCAGUUGACGUGACCCAAGACAUCAUUGAGGAAUCGGAAGAGGAGCGAUUUGAGGAGAUGCCCGAUGCGGCUACCCCCAUCGAGUUACCGCCAUGUGAACUCAGCAAGUUGGACGAGAUUGCCGAGCUCUUCAGCAAUGUGCUUCCGUCUCCCAUCCGAAGGGAGAAACUGGCCGUAGCAAUAGAGAGCGAGCGAUACCUUCAGAAACUGGUGGAGCUCUUCCGCAUGUGUGAGGACCUGGAGAACGCCGAGGGACUCCAGCACCUGUUUGAGAUCAUCAAGAUCUCCAUCCUCCUGAACAAAAACUCGCUGCUGGAGAUCCUGUUCAGCGAUGACAUCAUCUAUGAUGUCAUCGGUUGUCUGGAGUACGACCCCUCGGCGACGGCGGUCCAUAAACACAGGGAAUAUCUGAACUCCAAAGCCACGUUCAAGGAGGUUAUUCCCAUUUCCAACCAGGAGCUGCUGGGCAAAAUCCACCAGACCUACCGUGUACAGUACAUUCAGGAUGUGAUUCUGCCAACCCCAUCUGUAUUCGAAGAGAACAUGCUCACCACACUCAACUCAUUCAUAUUUUUUAACAAAUUAGAAAUUGUGGAGAUGAUACAGGAGGAUGACCAAUUCCUUCCGGAGCUGUUCACACAACUGACAGACGAGUCGACAGAGGACAAGAAGAGACGAGACUUAGUACUGUUCCUGAAGGAGUUCUGUAGCUGUGGGCAGGCUUGUCAGAACAGAGAUAAGUUCUUCAGGACAUUAUCCAACUUGGGCAUUCUGCCUGCACUGGAAGUUGUCAUGGGCAUGGAUGAUAACGAAGUACGACAAGCCGCCGUGGAUAUCUUUGCCUACAUCGUUGAGUACAGUCCUUCAAUGGUCAGGGAAUUCAUUCUUCAAGAAGGCAACGGAUCAGAAGAUGAUGUGUCGUUGAUCAACCAGAUUAUUGAGCAGAUGAUCUGUGAUGCUGACCCAGAUCUGGGUAGUGCAAUGCAGCUCAUGAACAUCCUCAGGAUUCUGAUGGACCCAGAAAACAUGAUGGCAACUGUAGCUGUCAGUAAGACGGAAAAGACAGAGUUCCUGAGUUUCUUCUACAAGCAUUGUAUGCACAUACUGACUGCGCCAUUACUGGCUAACACUGCUACGGACACACCCAGCAAAGAUGAUUACCAGACGGCCCAGCUACUAAGCCUGAUUCUAGAGCUCUUGACGUUCAGCAUAGAGCAUCACACCUACCACAUCAAGAACUACAUCAUCUCCAAGGAUCUACUCAGGAGGGUGCUAGUCCUGCUGCAGUCAACCCACCAGUUCCUGGUGCUCUGUGCUAUAAGACUUGUGCGGAAGAUGAUAGCGAGGAAAGACGAGUUUUUCAACCGUUACAUCAUCAAGGGGUGCCUCCUGGAGCCUGUGGUCAGAGCGUUCAAGAACAACGGCAACAAGUACAACCUGCUGAACUCCGCCAUUAUUGAGCUCUUUGAGUUCAUUAGAUUGGAGGACAUCAAGUCUUUGAUCGUUCACAUUGAAGAGACGUACAGCAACGUGUUUGACGCAGUGGAUUACGUGGGCACAUUCAAAGGACUCAAGCUGAAAUACGAGCAGCACAUAGACCGCAUGAACAACAAACCCAACAUGGACAGUAUUCGACAGACCACCAUCUUACAGAGCACUCGAUAUCGGCGAGACGCUCGUGCCUUGGAUGAAGACGAGGAGCUUUGGUUUGAUCGUGAAGAGGAAGCUGAGGAGACGGACGUAGUGGUUUCUAUGGUCGAACAACAGCUGGAAUCUAUCAACAGAUUUGUCGAAAGCAAGAAAGUUCAAGAGAGUACGAUACUAAACAAAGACACCCUGGCCAGCAAUGGCCGGCCCACCAGCCCUGUCCGGCCGGCCACUGGUACCCUGACACGGACGGUGUCCACGCCCCGGCCAGGCAGUCCAGUCCCCGUGACCAGCAAGAAGUUGGCAAGCGAAGAACCUCAGGAAACUACCAAUACCAAAGCAGCUGCUGCAGACACGACGCCAGAAAGCCAGAAGUCGCCAACAAAUAGCCUCACAACAAAGGGCGGUGUGGUAGGACUUGUAGACUACCCAGAUGAGGACUCGGACGAAGAUGAAGACGAUGUUGAACCGCCCUCCAAACGAGCUCGCAUCGCCACCUAGCACCCGCUACAGCCCCCUAAGACACCUCUACAUCCUACAGCAUCAACCCCCUACCCCUGGCAUCAAUCCCCCCCCCCCCACCCCCCGGCAUCAAUCAUUGUUAUCUGGUAUCUCAUCGCAGUGACAGUCACUGCUACCUUAAAACUCAGGAACAUCUGUGAGUUCAAUCGAUGGCUUAUCUUCCUCCACUGUUUCUGUAGUCUGUGCUCAUGAAUUUAAUUUGCGACGAUAUGGGAUUUUUAUAGGUUUUUUUGGUUUUUUUAAUGCGGCAGCAUUACAGUUAUGCCUGCAUCCACUCGAUUGCUAAAUAUUUUACAUUGUAAGCUAGGCACAGGGACAUACACCUAGUGGUUGCAAGAUUAAGCAUUCUCUGUUACUUGCAAGAGAACUUGCCCCAACAAUAGAACUUGCUAAGCAGUGGACUGUUGUGUCAGUCCAUUGCUUAGCGGGGAAUUCAGAGUUUAUGUUGGGUCAGCGAAUCUUGAUUUCCAAGCUGAAGUUUUUAAGCAGAACAACACGUUCUGUAAAUAAACUUACUUGGAAUGAACCAUUGAACCAUUUGAUCUUCAAUACACCUAAAGUCCGGUUAGACCCAAGCAAAUUUAAGGGCAACAUUAAGUCAUCAGCGUUUAAAAGAAAUUUCCAUGAAAUUGAAAUUGAUGACGUCACCAAAAUUUGCUUUUGCUUGAAGUGUGAAAGGACUCUGGUAGCCUGUGUAUUAACUCUAACUUGCAUUUCUGGAUCACAGAGCCAUAGAAAUGCAAGAACCGAGUUAUUUUAAGCCCAAUAUUGAGUUGUGCAACCAUAUUGAACCACCCAUAGAAGCUUGAUAAUUUAUUUUUCAAUUUGGGGAUCGAGAAUACUCUUUUUUUCCCUUGCAUACAAGAUGAAAUUUUCCAGACCAAAUAACUUUUGGACCAUCUGGCCAUUGACCGUAAUUGAGGUCAGUGAUGUUUUUAUCUCUAGUGUACAUUUUCUUUUAAACAAAUGAAGCAGAUACUUGUAAAUGGCUUGUUGGUACCUGCUGUGUUUUGUUGUUUUAUUGUACAAUGUGCAUCGUUGGUUUGUGACAUCAUGAAAGUAUAAACAAAAAAAGAAGAAAUGUUAAGAGCUAAGAGUGGAUCAGCAAUGAAGUCAAUUAACAUUUCUUAGUCAGUAUAGCGUUGAAACUAGACACUUCCACUCGUUUGUGACAUUUGUUUUAGUCAGUUGUAUCGGUAGAAACUUUUUCUGACUCGACAUAUUGUUUGUGAAGUUUUUUGCGACUUUUUUUUUUUAAGUGUGUCUCAGUUCAUACAGGGGAAAGCAGUCACUAGCAGUUCACAUGGACAAGAGAUUGUGUUUUGUUUAUAACUGAAGCGCUAAUGCGUGAUUUUAACGCACAAGAAAGGCAGAUAAUCUGGAGGAGUUAGCAAACAAGACUUGCAAAACUUUUCUGGGUUGGUAUUCUGAAAAGCGGAAGCGUUCGGAUCACAUUCUAAAAACAACCUCCACAAAAUCUAACAAUGACUUAAUCAUAAAAUAAAGCGGUUAAGGUUUUCCCCUUAAUCUUCAGUUUACAAAUAGCAAUGGGAAAAAAAUGUUGCAACCUGACGCCACUUCCGCGAUUGUGUACAAAGUCUAUGGAGAGUCAAGAAAAUUUUCUAAGUAUUUCCUAACAAAAUUGGAAAUGUUACUCAGUCCCAGAUUCAUGUCUUAUCAUCAUUUUUUGCAAUGAAUGACCUUCAUUGAGAUGAUACAUGAAGAAAAAAGUGGCGUCAGGUUGCAACAUUUUUUCCUAGCAUGGUUUCAUAGGACACUUUGGGAUACAUACAAAUACCUAUGCAUGUCUUUAUGGGGUCGGGAAGUAUAGAGCUCAUAACUAUUCAUUCAAGUAAUUCCGGCUGAACUUUCGUCGUUUCCUAUUUGCCUUUCCUAUCUGCAAACGCCACAAACCUAUGUUGACAUGUUACCUUCGUUUACUGCUCGUCAUGGAAUAAUCUGUACAAAAUGUUGUAGAUUGUACAAAAGCAGCGAUUGGAAAUUGUUCAUAAGACUAUCAUGGCGAGAACAUGAGGAAAAGAUUAAUUGUUGUGGAGCGCGGUGUGUACGCGCUCCACGGGUAGAACCAAAGAAUAAUGGGGCAAAGGAUGUGACUACGUACGGUAAGGACUUGAUGCAGAUAACUUCAACUGCAUCACCAUUGUUGUAAUGUUUUUAAUUUGUAAUUUUUUUGAGUUUUUGAUGACAAUUUCCAUUUACUUGAUUCAUUUAAAUAUUAUUUUUUUGUCGGAACCUGUUCAGAGAACAAAUCAACAGUUGUUUUUUUUAAUAGCUUGAGUGCUGUCAACACAAAUGGGAACCUGAGUUUUGCGACAAACAGGAAAUCCAUGUCUUAUAUUCAAGAGGAUAAUUUAUUUAAAUGUCAGCAGAAUGUCCCUGUAAACAAUUUCUAUUUUUUUAAGACAUCUGAAAGUCUCCCAUUGACUUGAUUUAAAGUUUCAUUCUUGAAAUUUUCCAGAGUAUCAUAUGUGACCCUCCAGCACAAAGCCACUCAGAAGUUGCGUGGCGGUAUUUUGAGAUAACAGCAUAUACAGGCGAAAACAAUUAUUGAAAUUCAGAUUUACGUGUUAGAAGCUAGAAUAAUUAAAACAUCUCACUCUCAAUGAAGUGAACUUGUAAAUUUCCAGAGGAGUUCAUUAGGGGAACUUCAACGACAAAUUUCUCAAUUUAUUUUUAACUUUCCAAGGCCCCAAAAUUGGGAACUGAAAAUCACCUAUAAAUUGAUCAGAUUUUGUCUGAUUCUCAUAUUCUGUACAUCAUUGGAAAGCUAAUUCAGUGUGCUUUCCAAUGAGUAAAAAGCCCA